GACAGUCGCCGCCGUUCUCGACCUCACGUUUAAACGUUUGGUAUGAACCGCCACCGGCAAAAUAACCCUUUCUGAUCGCGAGUCGUGCCGCUUUCGGAUUCUUGAACAUUAUUGAUACCACGAUCUCUAUUUUAACUGGACAUCAGUUAAUACGCGCGAGUGAUAUAACCUCGAUAUACUCUAACCACCUGGUGAUUGCAUUCUUCUAAUAAAACUUUUUUGAGUGCUUAGUUAUCCUGGAUAUAUUUAUUCUCUAAUUUAUAUUACAUCGUUAGUUUCAAAUAGGCUGCUGGGAUCGAUGAUUAUUGAAGCUGAACGUCACUAGUCUAGCCUCGAAAUAUCAUUGUUCAAAAUAAUAUUUAUUAAAACUUAUUUAGUUACUCACCCUUUCACAACAGGUGAGCGAAAAACUGACUAGUGGCCAACAGCUAUCUUCUUGGAAAAUACUUAGUCAUUUAGAUGAGUUGCGCAUUUCUAACCUACUUCAACCCUGAGAGCGCCCUCAACGCCCAGAACGCUCUGCAUGAGAAGCAUACUUUGCCAGGGAUGAACCGCCCCAUCCAAGUGAAACCAGCGGACAGUGAAAACCGCGGAGAUCGUAAGCUGUUCGUGGGUAUGCUUAGUAAGCAACAAACUGAAGAAGAUGUUAGACAACUUUUUGCACCUUUUGGAACUAUAGAGGAGUGUACUAUACUUCGGGGACCGGACGGAGCUAGUAAAGGUUGUGCUUUCGUGAAAUACAGCUCACAUCAAGAAGCACAGGCGGCCAUUAAUAGCUUGCACGGAAGUCAAACUAUGCCAGGAGCUUCCUCCAGUUUAGUAGUGAAGUUUGCAGAUACUGAAAAAGAACGACAACUUCGACGUAUGCAGCAGAUGGCUGGUAAUAUGAGUCUUCUCAAUCCUUUUGUGUUUAACCAGUUUGGGGCUUAUGGAGCUUAUGCACAGUCUGAUUUGUUCCAACAACAAGCUGCUAUAAUGGCAGCUGCUACAGCCCAAGGAACGUAUAUUAAUCCAAUGGCUGCGAUAGCAACGCAGCUACCUCAUGCAAUAAAUGGAAUGGCGAAUUCGGCAUUACAACCAGCCUCAGAUGUACCUGUUGGCGCAGGUAACAGCCAACCCGUUAAUGGUGCAAUUCCAAGUUUACCUUCUCCGACAAUGCCAACGUUCAAUAUGGCGGCACAAACUCCUAACGGCCAACCAGGUGGUCAGGAGCAAGUAUACACUAACGGAAUCCCUCCUCAAACUUACCAAGCACACGCGCUACAUCUGUCCAUACCUGCACAAGGCUUACCGAAUGGCGAGGCUGCGAUACAGCAUCCGGCAUAUCCAGGCAUGCAGCCAGCGUAUCCUGGUGUGGCUUACCCCGCCGUUUAUGGUCAAUUUCCACAAGCUAUACCACAACCAAUGUCAGCUGUUGCUCCCGCACAAAGAGAAGGUUGCUCAAUAUCAGGUCCUGAAGGCUGCAACCUAUUCAUCUAUCACUUACCACAAGAAUUUGGAGAUGCAGAAUUGAUGCAGAUGUUUCUUCCAUUUGGAAACGUGAUUAGUUCGAAAGUAUUCAUAGAUCGUGCCACGAACCAGAGUAAAUGUUUUGGAUUUGUGUCUUUUGACAACCCAGCGAGUGCUCAAGCCGCAAUUCAAGCGAUGAACGGCUUCCAAAUAGGCAUGAAGAGACUCAAAGUCCAAUUGAAAAGGCCCAAAGACGCUAGCAGACCCUACUAACCCUGGCCCUUAGAAUCGUGGGUACCCCACUUAAGGGUGCUUAUUCGCCACUAGUAUACACUAUAUAUAAAUAUAUAUUAUUAUUAACACUAGUUUAACCUUAAAAACAUACCUGGUGGAGCUCCGAGCACUAUACUGUUGCAAAAAUAAGCUGAGCAGUGUUAAGACUAAUCUACCAAUUUUUAUCGUCACGGCAGAUUGUACAAAAAAAGUUUUACAUUACCUUUCUAAAAAUAGUUGAUAAUUCUAGCUAAUAAAAUAGAAAAAAAAGUUAAUACAAAACUAUAAAAAAAUAAAAAGCGGUAUAAUAGUAUAAGUAUAUCGCACAGUUUGUAUUAAAAUCAAAAGUAUUCUGUUCAUUUUACGUUAUUAAUUUCAGGAAAUAUAUGAGGUAGUAACGAUUUAAUGUGUUAAACAACUAUCAACAAAAUUCUCAAUUUAUUACUUUAAUCAAAGCAUAACAUGAAUUUGCCUAUCUCAAUGACCUUAUUCAAAAAAUAAAACACACUUUUCGAGGCGAUUAUAUUAGGUUUGUCUAUCGAAUUGCAUUUUCAUGCAGUUUUCCAUCCAAACUGUGUAAGCAACUCACCAACUGCUUGUGGCGGAAGCCAAAACCAUUUCAAAAUAAUAUUUACAUUCCUGUUAAAAACGUUAAAAAUUCAUUAUUGUGUAGUUAUCGCUUGAAUUAACAAUGUAAUUUUUAGCUUCAACGCAUCCUAAGUACUGUUCAAAUAUGAAUUUGAAACAAAAACAUUUUCAAAUUGUAGAAAUUCACUCUGUCUAUCUAUCUACUAAAAUUGUUGAUAAUAAAAAAGCAAAUAUUGUAACUAAUGAUACUAGAAGUGACUUCCAUGACUACAAUUCACAUAAAUGGUGAAUAAAAAUCGAAAGGUUUCAUUGUUAAAAUUUUACAAUAGAUUGCAAGUGACCCAUUUAAAUAUGCUCAGUUAAACUUUUCCAAAUUUCACUUAAAUGAGUAUUAUAAAGCUUUAUUUUUGUACCAUCCGCCUGUGAACUCUUGAACCGAAUUUUAAAAGUUAGUCUACUCGCCUGUUUGUGCAACCCAAACCAAAUUAUGAGAAAUGCGACUGCGCUACUAAACCACAAACUCUCUCUUCUCGAGAAAUUCCAAAUGGGCUGUGAUUAAAUAACAAAUCAGUGUUUGAUUGUACAGGCCGUUUUGUAUUCUCGUCUACGUGAAAUAUUGUAUUUAUUUUCAAAUUAUUCUGUGCUCCUUGUAAGUCCUUGUAAGUAUUAAAUGUGUGUGUUUAACUGUUAUUCGAUAAGAUAAGAUAAAAAUGUAAAGGUAACUUUAUGCAAAAGCGAUUAUCUAAAUUGGUAAGGAAUAAUUGAAACGCCAUUAAAUUGAACGUUUAUUGCUUUAGUAGCUAUAAAAACAUAUUGAGAUACUUAUAAUAGUUUCAUACAUUUUUCUAAAUGAUAGCUUAAAACCAUUAAAAUAAUUAUUUUGUUGGAAACAUAUUUCAAUUAAACAGACGCUCAUAAUAAUUCAUUAUUAGCUUUUCAAAUGUAGUUAGUAGUAUGUUGAUAUAGUAUUAUACAUCAUACUCUUCAUUUGAUUAUACGCAGCGAGGUUACAUUGAUACGAAGUAACAAAAAAUUCGAAAUCAUCUAAAAUAUUGGUAAUGAGCUUUGAAAUGUUGAUAAUAGUAAUUCAUAAUCAUCGUAUAAUUGAAGUUUUAUCCACACUUAUGACCACUUCAUCAAACAGAGGAUAAACGAAAUUACGUAAUCUACUACAAAAUAAUGAAAAAAAAAAUAUCCAAUUUACCAAUAUUUAUAUGAAUUUAAACCUUUAUCUCAUCAUAUUUCACUUCGAGUCCAUUAAUAACAAGCUUGCAGUCGUCUACGGUCACAGAAUUAAUAGUUCUUGAUAAAUCUCUAGACUCAUAUGAUGUUACCUCUUCUAAGAAACGGUUUAUACUACUUUGAUAUAUUAAAUUUAUUGAAUAUAAAAUCCUAUUGACCUAUUAUGUACCCCGGACUGUUCACCUGUCAGGUAGUAACGACUUUACAAAGUGAGCUGUCUUUUGGCUGUGCGACUUACCCCUUCUGAGUUUAAGAAGUUUCACACUCUCAGGGGAACUGUUCGUUGGGUUUCUUUGGUUCGAUGAUAAACUGACAAGAGCUGUUGUGAGUUUCUCCGAUGUUUUUCAUAUGGUAAUUCACCGGAAAGUGUCCAGUGACUAUACCAGUAACUCUUCUUAGGUCAUAUUUGCUUAAAGUAAGGGAAUUUCGAGAUCAGCUGAUAGAAUGGAAAAGGAAUCUCUGCGAUUGUUUCACAACUGGGAUCUUAUUGCAUGUUUCUAAUUUCUUCUCAUUUCCUCACUUUUUUUAAGACUAUCACCUGAUGGCUUUUUGGGAAACCUAUAAUUUGUAAAUUCUUAAAAUAACUUUUACAGUAAUAUCAAGACAUUAUGAAGACAGUGCUUAUGCUAAUAAGGAUUAUCGUAAAAACAUCUAUCGUCCAAUAACAUCUUGGAAUAUGAAAAUAUCGAUUUAAACAUCCCUCUAGUGUGUUGAUGGUUGAUCCUGCUCCUAAAAUUGGAAAUUUUCUCGUACUGCCAGCCUUCGUAUCUGGUAUUUAUUCAUAUUAUGUAGUUUAUUAACUAAUCUAUGUUAAAUAAAUACUUAAUCAUCAAAUAUCCUUUGCUGUAAUCUUUUGUAGAAGAUUCUUCGCUUCCACGAGCGUUAUGUCCUUCUUCGUAUUGUACGUUAUGAACUCAAGGAAUUGGACACUUUUUCUUCAUAUUUAAGGAAUUAUAUAAGGGAAGUUUCGUAUUAAUUGUCAUUACGUUUUUCUUGUUACUUGUUGCUUUUGCAUCUGCAUAACCUUGUUGCGUUUCUAAUCAAUCUCACAGACAAUUGAAAAAAUUAAUCACAUCUAAACAUUCUGAGAAAACUCAACAAAAAGUGAAGUUAUGAUUUAAAAUCGUUUUCCGUAGCCGUGUGCUGAAUCAAAUUGCAUAUUAUGUUCGUUCUUAUUUAUAGGCGAAAAUUAUUUAUCAGUCAGUUUUCCACCAAUUCAAAAAAUCUAAUACUUAGUAACUAAUGUUUAUUAUGAAAUGUACGAUGUAGCAAUAUUCAGAGAUCCCUAUCUGGCAGUGUUCUAUUCUUUUUAUUAUUAUUACUGCUCCCAGGUAAUGAUAUAAUCACCUAGAUAAUAUUUAGUAGUUUCCAUAAGGGAGCACAUACAAUUUUUCUGAGAUCUCUUUUAAUUUCAGUUUAAUGUGCAUCGACAGCGCUGGUCAUUGGUACAGGAACACAAAAUAUAAAAAUUGUAUAAAGAACUAUCACAUAAAUUAUAUUGAACUAUAGUUUCUGGUAUAGGUUGGUAGCUUUAAAAAACUCAAAGAUUCUUUUGAUCUCUGUGAGGCAAUUAAGAGUUUCGUUAAGGCUAGAGUUCAAAUUAAAAUAUUGAUAUGUUGUAGAGUACAGUAAGCUUUUUAAAUAGGGUACAACAUUGGAAAAGUACAAAAGAAAAUAAGCGUAUUAUUCAUUAAUAAUUUAGAUCACCCGAUCUUGAGAAUUAAUUUUCGUAUAGCUACUUAAGAAUAAGUAGAUCGGUUGAUAAAGAUACCCAUAGCUUUUCACGUAUAACAAAAUAACAAUUUUUCAAUUCGCAUUUUAUUGGAACAAAUCUAUCCAAAUGAAGUUAUAACAAUUUUUCUAAAAAAUCCAUUUGAACAGUUUAUUAUCUAUAUACUAUUGAUUGAAAUUUUAUUGAAAUAAUGGAAAAAAAUGCUAGAUAUAACAGAGACAAUCAUAUUCAAUUUUUAUGAUGGUUGUACUAGAAGUAAUCACUUCUAUAGAAAUUAUGAAGUAGAUAUGAUAACAAUUAAUCGGAUGAAUGAAAAGUUUUUCAAUACCCGAUAAUCGCUGUUGUAAAAGUUUACCGUAAAUCUACAGGGGUGGUGGUGCUAUCGCUAAUUCAGUUGCCAAAUUUAGUCCAGGUAUGUUUUCCUGUGAUGCAACGCUAGUCACAGCGGCUCGGAGAAGUUAUUUAAUUAAGGAGAUCUUUCUCAUAGAGUCCACUUGGAACGUUUUGAAUUGUUGUUAAAUUUGAUUCGCCAGAUUUAGAUGAAAUAAAAAGUUAAAGUUGUGAGAAAGUUGAUUCGAUCAAUUUGUCAUUUUUGAUUACAUCAGAAUGAAGUGUGUUGAAAAAUACCGUGAGAAUAAUACGAUAUUUAGUUUGAUUUGUUAACUCAAUUGGAAUAUUUUAAUAUGGGGCUGUUACUAGAAUAUAAUCUGUUUCAUGUCGCACUAUUUACUAGAAAGUUAAUAGAAAUUUUAAUGCCAUUCGUCAUCAAAACCUAUUGCAGAUUCCGUAAAAACUUUGAAGUAUUCAAAAUUAUGCAGUUUAUUGAAUUAAUUGGAUAAUUUUAUGAAUAACGUGAGAUAAAAUCAAGAUAUAGGUUGUCACAAAUAAUUUUAUAAAUUAUAUAAUCCACAAUUAGUUCGCCAAUCAUCUGUCCAUUAUUAUUUCAAGUGUUUAUGCAGAUACAUACAUCCACUAUUGGUAGGUAUACUGUUAUGAUCUGGAAAUAAAAGUUCCGUAUUUUCUCUACAAUCAAUAUUUUUCGAGGAUAAAAUUUGAACAUUAGUUACGAAUCCCUACCAAUAAGUUCAUAUAUUUAAUUAGAUUUUCUGAUGAAAUCGUAUUAAGAUUGUUAGUUUAAAUGACAAAUUAUCGGUGAUAUUUUCUUGUGUAUAUGAAUGUAUAAGAAAAUCUUGUCAAAUUUCUGAUAAUAGAGAAAAAUAUGUGUGGAUUCAUGUCACACAAACAUUUAAUUAGAAUUUUAAGAGAUGUAGUAUGAACUAAAAAGGGCAUAUCAACUGUGAGGUUGUUUUAUUCAGCUACUUCUCUGAUAAUUUAUUGUUAAAUGAUUAAAUUAAAUAUGAUCGCGAUCUUGUGUUGAUUUUGUUUGUUUGAAAUCGAAAAAUGUUCGUUUUAAAUGGACUCUAGAAGUUGUAUGUCAGGGCUCCAAUAUUUUUUGAAUUGUUUAAAGAGCCAAUGACGUAAUAUUUAUAUAUAUUUAUUUAAUAAUACCUAUACAAAAAAUAUAGUAUAAUAUUUCUACUAAAUUUUAAGUGACAUAAUCCUUAAAAAGUACCAACUAUAUAUUAAUAUGUAAAUUAUUAGCGGUAGAGCGUAGGAUAGACCAGAAGAGAACACAAUUAAAGAGUGGUCGAGAUACCAAAAAUGGUAUAGCCAUCAGUAGAAGAACUAAGCGAAAUCAAGGCCCCUCCUUUUGUGAGUGACGACAGCCACUAGGAAGCGGUAAUUGCCUAGCUUAUUUCUUCUGCUAUUUUAUCGAUUUUAGAACAAUAUGUUCGCGAUUUAUGAAUUUUAUCAAAUGUAAGUAAGUUUAUUAUAUCAAACAAGUGCGUUUUCGCCAAAAUAGUUGUUGAGGAGUUAGUUUAUGCUUUGCGGACGAAUCAGUCCCAGGCCAGGAAAAGGGGAGUGGGUUGCAUCACUCGGCUGGGCCACUCUAGUCAAAUUAUCAAGCCAUUGGCUGAAUUAGUUAAUAUUAGACUUAAUUUAGACUCUCUCGAUGACUACCUUGUUUACUAUUAUUAGAGUUUUAUGUCUUAUCAAUACUAAAUAUUUCAUUAAACGCACAAAUAACCUGUUAACUAAAAACUGUGGAUAUAUUUGAAGAUAUACAAUGAAGUUUUUUCAAAUAUCAUCAAUAGAAAUCGAAUGUUAAUUCAACGUGUGUAGUUAAAAUGCUCAUAUAAUAUAUUUAAAUGACAAGGUACCUCAACCUGUAUAUACUUGGUUAUCUCAUAUAAGAAUUAAUAAAUAAAUAUAUGGACACGUACAGCAACAAUGUUUAAAUUCACAUUGAAAUUCACAGCUUUACAAUAUUUGAUACAUUUCAUUAAGUUUCUUAUGUCCUUUAGAGUAGUCCAAACUACUCACGAGAAAAUAAAUUCGUAGCUAUAAAUAUUGUUUAUUUUGUAUUGAACCAAUAUUUCGAAAAAUAUAUUGUAUGAAAUCAAGGGUUUGAAAAUAAAAACUAAUACCCUUAUAGCGAUUAUAAUUAAUUAUGAAAAAUAUCUAAGUAUCACUCCAAAUAGACUACAUACAACUGAGACUCUGUGUAACGACAAGAAAUUAAAAAAGUAAAAGAAAUCUGAAAACUUGACCUCAUUCUUCCCAAUAUUUUUACGAUAUGUAAUUCUUAAGUCAACCUUAUUAACAAUACAAAGCUUGUUUGUAAUUCAUAAAAAAGCCGUAUCUUUUUGGGUUAUUACAUUCCAUCCUAUAUCAAUAUCAUAAGAAAGCACAGAUUAUGUUUUCUGUACAUUCAACAACCUGCUACCAAGCAUGCUCCAUAAAUGUUCAAUUAGAGGCGAUCGGAAGAUAUUGCUGGCCAUGAUAAACAUGUUGAUGUUAAUCCAUUAAUGCUAUAGAUUCUUUAGCAACCUUGGAAUUGUUGAAAAAUAGUCUGAUUCCAUUUAUGAUCUUCAUGAAUUCUCUUUCUAUACCAGAGCAGUCGACCACCCAGUACGGAGAAUGAGAAAAAGUAUAAAAACUUAAUUAUCGACGAUAUACUGUGCCCUGAUUCAAGAUUACCUCUGCCUGGAUACUGCUUAACUCUAAGAAUCAAAAGCUUUAUCGACGAUCUAAUAGUUCUAUAUUGACCUCGACUAUCUUUUUAUCGAUAGAACAGCUUCCAAUCUCUCGAUACAAUUUAGCUGUGACACUACUACGCAUCAAACUACCAUAAAACUUAACGGAUAAAGUCGAAAAUGUAAUCAUUACUUUCAUUAAUAAAUUUGGAGAUGUAGCUUUUUUUGUCAACCAGUUUAUUAUUUGAUUAAUAAAACUAUUUUUUUAUAAGCAUUUGGGAUUCUAUUUUGGUCUCAUUUGAUUCAGCUAGUACUGUCCAGGUUUUGGUAUCUUUGUCAGUCUAAUGAAUACUUUUUCUUUUGCAAGAUAAUAGUUCAUUAAUACAUCACAUUUUCUAGAAAAUUAUACAGUUACUUCGUUGUUAUCAUUGUCCAAUUGUCCAAAUAAUUCAUACGCUGUAAAUAAAUUGAUGACGAAAAUGAAUUUCUAAUAAUGUACUCAUUGUAGUCAUUAUAGUGUUAAGAUAUAUAUUUAGUGAACAUAUAUAAUAUUUAUUGCAUCUAAUGUAUUUAGAUAUACAAUUAUAUUUUUAUUAUAAUUUUAUUCAUAAUUUCGCCUGAGAAACUAUCGUGCAAUAUAAACAGGAACGACUGAUAAUAUCGUUGUAUAAAACUGAACUUAAUAUUAUUUAACUUUUUACAACAAAAGUGAACUUUUUUAUGUCAAUAGUUUGUUAGAUACUUUUUCUCAAAAAGAUCUUGUUCAUAUGAUGACAAAAUAAGCAAAAAGAAAACGGUAGUACUGUGUUUGGGUUUGACAAUUGUCAAUAUUUUAAACUGUAAAUAUAAAUAUAAGUAAAUUGAAAUGUCAACAACACUUAUGCUAGAAAGUUGACCUAUUAUAAUAUGAUAAUGAUCUUAUUUUACUGAUUAAAAAUAUUUAUCUAUAACUUUUUGUAAAUGAAUCGAUAAUAAUGCCUUUUGAAGGCAAUAACGUCACCUUUUCAACCCGUUAACAUCAUAUAGCUCACAUAUGGGUCAUUGAAUAUUUUGCUAAUAUAUUAUACAAGUUUGAAAUCAAAUAUCAAUUUUUAACUAGUAACCUUAGACACAUUGUUGCACUAAUUCUAAAGAAAAUAAUACAGUUUGUGUUGAACUCACACUCAAUAUUACAAUGUUUUGGAUUAUAAUGAAAAUAUUUCAUAUAUCUUGUAGACAAUAAUUCUAUAUAUUAUAAUUAUAUUCACUACAAUCUGACGAAAAUAGAUCAAAUUAGAUCAUUUCCUAAUUUGGUCAAUGUAUUGGGCCACCUAUUUUUGAUAAAAUUUAUCAAAUUCCAAACAAGUACUACCCAGAGGCUAUUAUGUGAAUAUCCAACAAAUAAAAGUUAAUAAUAUCACUUAAAUUGAUACACUGCGACCGUAAAAUUACAAGAUGAAGGUAAUAAUAUAUUUAUUUGUAUGUAUUUCUUCUCUAGUAAAAAUCGUAAAAUGAAUUAGGUGAUACUAUUAAUAGAUGUUUUUUCAAGUACUGAAUGAUAUUUACACUUUAGUCGACACCAAAAAACUAACCGGACCUACAUUUUCAUCGUUUUGGACGGAAAAAAAUGUAAUUAUAAUAUUUAAGUAAAAUUAAUAUGUGCCGCUAUACAUUUUAUUUAGUAGUAGUGCAUUCCACGCUUGCUAAAUGACAUUCCUUGGGCGCUGGAAAUGAAAAAAAUAUUUCAAUAUUUUUUGAGUAUUGACCAGACCGAAAGGGAGGGUGACAGCUCCCAGCCUAUCAGUAGACUAUAAAUAUAAUAUAAUUAACUAAAGAAAUCUAAUAAUUUUAUUGAAAAUAUAUUAUUUAUUAUAGUGAAUUUAGAUAUCUGAUGAAAAUCGGCGAAUCAUACUUUUUCUUCUAGUAUUCAAACUAUUAGUAGUUAACCACACUAAUAAUUAACUCUUUAUCAAACUGAGUUGAAAUUUCGGGAACCGUUGGCGAUAUUCAUACUGAAUACACUGAUUACACCAACACCCACGUUUACAGUGUCUGACACACGUUUCGAUAACCAAGUUAUCGUCUUCAGAUACUGAAGGUAAACUAAAAUCUAAUGACUUGACUUACCUGUUUUAUACUGAAUUUUCCCACUAAUAAACCUUCUCCCGCGAAAAUUAAUUCCAGCGGCAACAAACUCCUUGGAAGGAAUUUUCACAUUUAUUCCUUGACCACUAAACUAUAGAGUGGGCCGUAAGAAAUUGGCCCUUUAUUCCUAUUUAAGCUAAACCUACAUCUAGCAAUUUCAAUGCCUUCAAAUGCAUCCAAUAAUUUAUUAUUGGAUACAAUUUUUAACAAUUUACACUAUUAGUAUUUAUGUUAUGAUUGUGACUGGCAGCGUGAUCAGAAAUAGCUGAUUUUACGGUCCGUCCAUAAUUCAAAUGAGCUAUGUGCUCUUUAAACCGGACAAUAAUGGACCUCUUAGUCUGACCAAUAUACUUUCCGUCACAAUCACCACAGCUAAUUUCAUAUACACCAAUCCUUUCCAAAUUUGGUGUUUUGUCCUUAGGAUUUCCCAACAAUCCAACACUGUAUUGUUGGUUUUAUUAACCAAUUGGAAACCUAAUCUGCUAAAUAUUCAAUCCUUUUGUAUAAACAGGAUUGAAAGGUACCAGAUAUGUACCAGAAUGUAUUUGCACGUAGCGGUGUUUUCCUAGAAACUUCAAAUUCUAGCCUAUUACUAUUCCUAUUUACUAAAGUAUCUAAAAUGAAUUCGUUUACUUUUGCUUUCUUCGUAUUUAGUAUGGCGAAAACAUCAUUCAAAUUCCUCUACCAUACCCCGGGAAAAUACUGAAACUCUUGAUUGAUUUGCUUCCCAAAAUGACUUAUAAACAGUUCAGCCAUAAAUGGUGAUAGGCAGUUGCCCAUUACUGUUCCUUCUUGUUUGUAGAAUUCGGUGUUGUAGGAAAUAAUUUUGUUCCAUACAUAUUUUCGUUAACUGCCAAUAUAUGAAAUUAGCUGUGAUGAUUGGUCAGACUAACUUAGCUCAUUUAAAUAUAUACAAUAAUAAAUUGUUGGAUGUAAUUGAAGAUAGAUGUAAAAGUAGCUUAAAUAGGGACAAAGGGCCAAUUCCUUAUAGCCUUAUGGCAAGAGGUCGUGAAGUAAGAAUUCUUCUCCAAUGUCAGUUUCUCAAGAUUCUUUCACAAAAGUUUAUUAUUCCUAAGAAGAAAACUUUAAGGGCUGUUUACUUAGUAUCGGAUCUGUUAUUAGUAUACACUUUGAAAUUGAUAAAGUUGUUUCAGUUCAUUGGUUUCCAAUUUUUCCAAUCAACAGUUAUAUCAAUUUAAAUUGGUUAACUCUUUGAAAACAUAUACUUAUUUUUAAGUAUUAAUUAAACACAAUUUUCAAAUAUUAAUUAAUAUAUUAGAUUUCUUGUGUACAAUAAAAUUACAUUAUAUUUAUGUAGGUUUACAAAAUGUCUUCAAACGUGGUCUCCCCAAUCAACAGUAAAGUAAUGUCUAAACGCAGCGACGUGAUUCAAGGAUACAGGGUAUGUUUUUGCAAUUAUUUGUGUAACUGUUUUCUUCGUCGUGUGGGAGCGGGACGCAUUUUUCAAAGUCCGCAACCAAUAGGCGAGUCGCUAUCUCGUCGAAUGCGGUUUUUGCAAUUCUAAUAUAGAUUUUCUACGACACUAGAUCCAAAGAUAUACCAAUAAACUGUGCUUAUACAUUUUAGUUGUAUCUAUCAAAUUUUUUGUUGUACUGAUAUACUAAAGAUGAUAAUAAACAAGCUGAAGAUCAAUUUCACAUUCUCCUCAGACAAAUAAUAUUUAUAUUCCUAUAAUAUUAAUUAGUUGACACUCUUAUAAAAUUAUCUUCAAACUUAAAUAUGAUCACAUAGUUACAAAAGCACAUUUUAUAUUGAAACCCACAAAAAUUGGACGGUGACGGAAGCUGUAAUACAAUUAAUUUGGUGCAAACUUCAAAUUUACUAAAUGAACUAUUUAGUAUAGUUAUAUUUGAAAUAAUAUCAAAUUUUUUUUUCUUUCCAUCGUGGAUGGAUUAUUUCUGGAUCUAGUUUUAGGCAAAUUUAGGAAAAUCUCUAUUGAUAUUACAACAACUGGUCGAUUUCAUCCCAUACUGUAUAUAUAUUGGGGUCCAUUUAGUGCACCGUUUUAUACAAAUGUAAUGGUCCUUUUUCUGUCACAGACAAAAAUUGUACCUGUCUUCAAUGAAAAUAAAAAAAAUAUUUCAAUGCUGAAACAUAUAGAAAGCGCUUAAUCAUGAUUUAUUUUCAAAUGGCAAGUCUAAAUAACUAAUUCAUCAGCUAAACUAAAGUAUAUCUAUAGUUUCAAAAACAAUUUAGUAUAUUUGUUUCCAGUACAUUUAUGGAUAUUAGAAAAAUUGUAAAAUAUAUUUGAAUUCCUCCUUCUGCAAUUUCAAUUUGAUUGAAUCUAAAUAAUAAGCAUCCUGUUUAACUAUUUUCUCUGUUUCCUCCAAUAUUCUCUAUUUUUCAAUUUAGUACUAAUUUAUCGCGUCCAAAUAGAGGGUUCAUAGAGGGUAUUAAAAUUUUCGUAUCUAGAUCCGACUUUUUAUUAUCGCUUUAUAUAACGCUACUGUUUCUUUUUCUAAAUAUUAAUUUUAUUGAUAACAUGAUUCAAUAUUAGCUGAUGUAUUAGGUAUUCUAGACAUUCUGUAAAAUGGAUCUAGUUCCAUAGAUGCAUCGACCCAUUCUCAUUCAUUAAUCUUAGCUACAAGUAGAGUAGUAGGGGUUUUAGAUCUAGUUUUUUUCCAAAAAAAUGAAAAAAUUAUAUGUAUGACAUGAGUUAACAUCAAUAUUGCCAGGUACUGGUCUCGUAAUUCAUUAAAAAAAUAUUUUAUACCGUUUGGAGCAAUAGACUAUCAACAAACUUAUGUUUAAAAUAUCUUUAUAAACUAUAUACAAAGUAAGGUGCAAUACAACUAUUUUUAUAUUUUUGGGCAGUAUGAAAAUCAAAUGUAUGCUAUAUAUUUAACUAUUCGACACACAAUGAUUCCAUUAUAGUUUAAUUUAGUUUUUUUAUUUUUUUAACUACUACACGUAGAUAUCACAACUAGAUAUUAAAUGGAAAUAGGUUCUUAAGUUACCUGAACAAGAGCGUGAAUUAAUGAUGAUGAUUGAAUCAUACUGAAUUAACUGAUGCAAACAUUAUUACAGCUUUCUAAUAAGCCCUUCAUUGUGUUUUAUAAAUAUUCCUAAAUACAUUUUUCAAUUGAAUGAUAAUAAUAUAUUAAGUAUAUGCGUUUUUUCUGUUCUAGUCAAUGUGGAUCUUAUUCGAUUACUGUACAUAUUUUGCAUAUAAUUAUCUAUUAUAUUUAUACUGAUAUAGAUAACGUAGAUGUUAAAAUUAGGACGAUAAGUAUGAAUUUUGUGCCAUAACUUCGUAUCGAACUAGUAUUUUAACUCGCUUUACAAAUAAUCUGUUUUUAAAGUUCUAUAAGUGAUUUAAAAAAAAAUUAUUCACACAUAAAUUAAAAGCGUGCGAAGGUCCAUCCAUUAGAUGAAUUAUACUACAGAUUUCUCUAAUGCGAAAACUGUAUUAAAAUUUGUUUAAACUAAUUCCUCAAUAGUUUUAGUUGAAAAGUAUAUUGAGUAAAAUUAUGAUAUAGUCUAUUGCUUCACAAAUUACCCAACAUUUUGAUGCUGGGACCAACUUAUUCAAUCUAGUCGUUUUGUUUUUAAGUUUUCAAAAUGUUAUUUAUAUAAUAGGAAUGUUGGUAUUUAUUUAUUUAUUUAUUUUAAUUUAUUUCCUAUUUAUUCUCAUUUUAGUGAUAUUACAUAUUCUGUAGAUCGCUUAUUAUCAUAUAUUAUGCAAGUGAAAGAGAUUUAUUACAAAAAAUACUUCUUUAAAUGCUGCAAAAUCAGCAAGUUUCUAGUUUUAAAUAUAAUUGAAACUGUGCAUAAAAUUGAUGAAUGAUUUGGAGUACUUUUAAGACAUUGAAAAACAUCUCCAUCGAGGUUGAAACUCUACAUGUCAUUUAUUCAAAAAUUGCACCUCUAUUUCCGUUUCCAGCUAAAAAUAUGUAUAGUAUAUAAAAAACGAACAAUAAAAUUAGUUUUUUAAAUAAAAGGAUAUUUUUUUAUUGCAUUUUUAAUAUUCAAUAUAAAAAUUGAGAAUAAAUUUACUGAGAAAAUAUUGACGAAACUUUUUGCUAACCAAAGGAAAGUAUUAUUCUCUGAACUACCAUUAUUUUCUACUGUGUGUGGUUUAUAUUCAGAGUUAUAUAAUUGUUAGGGCGGUCGUUGAAAAUUAAAUUUUUUGCGAUGCUACCUAAAAACCUUUUUUUGAUAAACAAACACUAGGAAAAUUUUUUUAAUUGAAAACAAUAAAUACAAUUUGAUUGGAAAUAUGAAAAAUUAUAAAACUCAAAUCAAUAAACAUAACGAUAUUUGGUCCAAAUAAUAAGAAAGAAAAAUCUAAAUUCAAAAGUUUUCAAUGUUGAUUGAAUCUAUUAAAUAAAAAAAUGAAAAUAUUUAAAUUCAAAAUUACGUUACUAAAUGUUUUCGAUUUUAGGUCUCUUCUGUUACAACUGUUACUUCUCUUAUAUAUUUUUUUAAAUGUUAAAUGUUAAAUAAAAUUAGUCGAAACAUCAACGUUUUUCUAUCAUUCAAAAAUUAUUAAAAAAACUAAUGUUGAAACAGAGACUUAAAAUCAUGGACAGUUAGAAACCUAAACAUAUCAAAAUGUCUAAGAAAUAAGAAAUUGAAGAAAUUUAAAAUUAUAUUAGUACAAAUAUUUUAAUAUUUAAUAUUUCUUCACUCAAAGUGAGCAUUAUUUCGUAUUUUUAAUGCCUUUUCUUGUAUAAUCAUCUAAGAUUUUGAUGAAGAAUUGUUUCUGUCAUUCAUCUUUUGUAAACAAAUCGUUGUACUCUUUCAUUUAACGUUUAAUCAACUUAGAUCAUGAAGGAGCACGUGUUGUCUUGAAUUAAAACAAAUUCCAAGUGUUUUUCAUCAAAAAGAAGCUUUUUGGAUGGGGUCACAAAGAAUUCUAUUCUUAAUGACCACCUUAAUACUGCCACAUGCUCAUCUGUUUUAUUUUUUGGAAACAAAAUUAUUCUGACAAAAUUACACUUAUUAUAUUCACUUUUUUUUUCAAUUGAUAUAAUUCUCUUUCGCUUAUAUAAUGAAGAUAUUGUUAAAAAAAACAAGAAAAACGCAAGUACCUAUAUUGUCUAUCGAAUUAAAACAAACAUCAAAUUGUAGCCAUACCCCGUUGCAUGUCGAGUUUUAUUACAUUUUACACAAAAUAAUUAUAAUAAAUUAUUAACAAUAUAUUAUAUUAUAAUAGUAGAUAAUUUAAAUUUAAAAAUAAUAAUAAUCUGCUAAACUUGUAAUACGAUACUGUAAAAACAUAUAAAUAAAAAUAGACAAUUAUUGAUUGCGUCAACUUUCUAUAAACUUUGUGUCAUCAAUAGAUUCAGACAUAAAAACUAACAGUUUCUUAAUUAUUGACAUGCUGUACGUGAAAUGGGUGGAAAAUUUUGUUAAAAGAUUCGAAGAAAUAGAAAAAUAUCUGAUCCUGACGUGAUUUCCUUUUAGUUUAUAGAAUCUUUAACAGAAAUUAUUGAAGUAUACAGCUAUAAGUAUAUUUAAAUAUUCACAUAAUAUAUAUUUUGCCGAAUACGAUAAUGAGUUCAAAAUCAUUAACGAUUCAUCGUAUACAUUAAUUGAAUAAAAAUCAGAGGAAAUUAAAAUCUUUAUCUACUAUAACCAUUAACUGUCACGUAAAAAAAUAGUCUUUCAUUUAACGAAACAAAGUAGGAGACUUCUGAUUCAGUAUCAUAAAGUUUCCAUUAAAAAUAUUGUUAAGUAGCCAUAAUGUCCCAACCAACCGUUUCAAGUGUCUACCUGGCUCUUUAUCACUAUAAUCACAAAGUUUCAUUCAAAUUUCUGGUACUUAUCAGGUUACAUUUUUUGUCUUACUUCUUUCUCAGUUAUAACGACGUCUGGUUAUUAAAUAACAAUAUACUACAACUUUUCUCUUCUCGCCACACAACGUUUUAUCAAUUUUUUUCCGUUUGCCAGAACUGGAAAAUAAUUUAUAGACGUACAAAAUUUCAGUAAUUAUUCCAUAAGUUUUACAAUGAUCUAAGGACAUCAAUUUCUAUUACGGUUUGAGGAGAUGAAAAAGAUACAAGUCAGUCAACCUUAGAAAACAUGCGACGUAACAUCUUAUAGCACUAAGUUUUUAUUUCAUAUCUUCGACAACAAAAAAAACUUUAGUAUCCAAAAACAAUGCAAAACUACCAUAUAUUCUUUGGUUACAUAAUGUUUAUUGUACAUUCACAACUUCACUUUGAAUUUCCAGCAAUUUUCAUUCAAUUAUCAAACAAGCGUUUGCGAAUUUCAAUACCCGCCACAAAAUUUUAACUUCUGUUAUAUUGUGCCGUGAUAUUGGUUGUUAUGAAGAUUAGACAACUCGUGACGGAAGACUAUGCAGCUCGAGAUUUUAUUUAUGAAAUGAAAAAAAAAAUAAAAUAUAUAUUUACAUUCUAUACAUAUAACACAACACAUAAAAAACAAUAAAAAAUACAUUUUGAAUCUAUAAGAGGACUGCUUCACAAAUUCAUAUCCUGUUAUUUUAUUUUAUUCAUCUAACCUAACCAAUUGGUAAGUGUGCAUUAUUAUAUUAUAUAGAAUUUUAUUUAUUACUGGUUCCGCAAAUUUUAAAAAUUCAUUUCUUUCUUGUAUAUUGGUCAGUACUUACCUAAUGUUUAAAUGCAAUUUGAAGGAUUUAAAAAUUUAUUUUAUUUUAUUUAUUUAAUUUAAUUUUUGGAUAUUCCAACUUUACUAAGUAGAUUGGGUACUGAAUUCUAGAUAAUAAUCUUAACGAAUCCGACAGGAACGGUAUUAUUUAUUUGGACUACCUUUUCGUUUACCUAAAAUCCUAAAAUACCGUUCCGAGCUGGGGCAUCCUUAUCUCAACGGAGCCUUCCAAACAUAAUAAUUGGUGAUAAAAAGUGAACUAUUUGAAAUGAAUUACCCAUUAAUAAUAAAUAUUUUGAAAAUGGAUUUCACGUUUUGUUUUUAUUCGAGAUGUAGAUAUGUAGCCUUUUUGAAUGCUUUAUUGAAUUAUUUAAACAAGUGAGGAAACCAUAUCUAACAAAAUUAGAACAGAUUACAUAAAUUUUUCAAUAAAAGAACAAAUUUCAGGUUAGAGAAAAAAUGACUGUUAGUUUUGUAUGUAUGAUUCAGACACAACUCAUAUACGUGUAUCUAGUUUUUUUACACUGUCAAUUUUGCUGGUGUUAUAUAUUUCAUGAAGUACGUAUUGGAAGAGAAAGUAUUAGUUUUACAAUCUUUUAAUAUAUCAGGAAUAUUGUAUUAUACAUUGCCCACCAUCUUUAGGGAGGGCCUUUACAGUCCAAAAUAUUAAAAAAAAUAUUGCAUAUAAAAGUCUUUUUAUAAUACAAUUCGUCUGGGAUAUUUAAUUGCCAAGCUUUGUUCAUCAAAACACAAAUGUAGAUUAUUUAAUUUUAUAAAGAAAUUAUCAUAGUUAAAUGCAGAAAUAAUUACUAAGGUUCAUAAAAAAAUUAAAAAGGCUUUUACGCGUAAAAUUAUCAUGGCAUGAUAGAGCUACAAGCUCGAAAAUAUUCUCUCGUAAUGUCUUGAGGAAUUUUCUCAAAAAAGUCAUGUCAGUAUUCAUUAUAUUUAUUAUUACUCACAAUUUUCAAAAUGAAUUCAAUUCUAAUUUGAGCGACUUAUUUAUAAAUAUUAUGGAAUUAGAACCUGAUUUAGGUCUCGUUUCAAUGCUUUUAGAUUUGGAUUCAUUUGGGAAAGCUAUCCAGUUUAUAUGAAACUUUAUAAAAGAAUUAUAAAUUAAUAAAGUUAAAUAUAACGCA